GUCUCACUCAGCCCCAAUAAACUACAACAUUUACUUCAAAGAUGGGCACAUCAACUACGAAAGCCCCAUUUCCAUGUUAAUCAGCGCAGUCACUUGGAGAUUAAUCUAUGUCUUGCUACGGGCUUAUUUAAAAGAGAGGCCGCCACUGUUCAGCUGUAGGAUUUGUUCAUUUAUUCACGGUUUUGUGGCUGCGUUUAUGGGUAUAAAUCAGUGUUUUUUGUUCGAUUGGCCCUUCGAACAUCCCGAAUGGAAGACAAGCUACUUGCAAACGUUCAUUUUGAAUAUGAGCUGGGGGUAUUUUAUCCACGAUACUUUUUGGAUGCUUAAAUAUGAGAGAGAAGACAAAACAAUGAUGUGCCAUCACCUGAUAUGCAUUUUCGCCCUGACCAGAAUAAUAUUCAAAGGUUACUCCGGGGCCCAAACCACAUGCGCCCUGGGCUGCAUGGAACUGACCAACCCCUUCCUGCAAAUCAGAUGGUUCCUGAGGACUUACGGGUUCCAAUCGGCACCCGUUUUCUAUUCAACGGAAAUCAGCUUUUUCCUUGUAUUCAUUGUUGUCAGGCUGAUUUUGGGCACGUAUUUUCUGACUGUUAUUGUCAAACAGCCUAAUAACGAUUGGGAUUUUAUUUUUAUGUCGGUGGCCAUUUACGCUGUAUCUUGGAUGUUUGUCUUUACAAUGGUGAAAUACUUUUUUAAGAAGUAUGUGGGUAGGGAUCAGCUUCAACCCAAUCAAACUUCGAUUGCAAUUCAAAAACAAUUGUAACCUGGAUAAUGUACAUUGUAUUUUUGGAAUAAAUUUGUUUUGGCUUUUAAGUUUGUAAUUUGUUUUUAUAUAUUGAAUAAUCAGGCCAAAAGUUAAAUUGGUUAUUAAAUUAUGAGUUAAUUACAAAGCAGUUGCGGUUCAAAAGCUUAUUUUUUGUUGGCAAAUAUACCUGGUAUAGUAUUUUUGUGUAUAUGUGAAAUGG